UUCUUCUUCUUCUUCCUCCUCCUUCCUUCCCUUUCUCUCUCCUCAAAUCUAGAGAGAGAAACUUCUUCCAUUUCCAUUCCAUUCAUCUCUGCAAUCCAAAUCCAAUUACCCAACUCCCCGUUUCUCUCCCCCAAAACACCAUUUCCCCCAAAUCCCCCAUUUCUCUUCUUCCUCCGUCCGCCAUUGAUGCUCUCUGUUCCUCUUCUCCACCCUCUCUGUUUUUCCCCUGUUCUUCUUCUUCUUCUUGUUCAUGUUGUUUCUUAUGCACCUUCCUAUGAUCCUUUGAUUUCUGCAAUUUGGCCAUCAGAUGAAGAAGAAAAAGGGGGAACAAGGGUUCUCGCGAUUCUUCCAAUCUCAAUUUAUUGAUUCUUUUCAUUCCGAACCCUGUUCCUGAAUGUUUUGUAUUAUUUUCGUUUUCGAUCCUCCAAAUUUUCGCUUCCGGAUCUUCCAUUUCGAUCUGAUUCAUAUCAUAAUUUGUUCUUACACAAUUGUAAUUAUUAAAUUUAUGCAAUCUUCUCUCUUCCCUUUUUGUUGAAUCCGUCAAUGGGAUGUGUAAGCUCGAAACCAAAUCGAUGCCGCCAUUGCCGGCGGCCGUAUUCGCCGAUUUCUCGAAGCUACUCGAUGCAAGUUCAUCAUCCACCGCAAACUAAUGGCGAUAGUUACCACGUCGUAGCCCUAACCUCCUCCACGUUAGGCUCGUUGGAGCUCGGAAUCAAUAGGGACGGCGGCGGCGGCGGCGAUGGCGAUGGCGAUGGUGGUGGUUAUCAUCAACGUCAAUCAAGGAGAAACGAGGAUUACAAAACGAUUGGGGAUUUCCGGGAAGGAUUGGCGGAAGCGAAGACAUGGUCGAGUAUAAUCACAGAGAAAAUGACUAAACCCGCCGCGAAAACUCCGGUUAGAACGCCGCCGGGGGAGCCGGAGAUGAUCAAUACAUGGGAGCUGAUGGAAGGGCUUGAAGAUGUUAGCCCUGUCCCAUCUCCGACCCAAUUUCGGAGCCUCUCGUUCGAUUUCGGUAGCCGGACGGUUAUCGAUCCGUCAUUCAAUCGGCCAGAGACGAUUCCGAAAGAAACCGUUACCGAUUCAUCUCCGAAACCCCUCUGGCUUCAAUUAGAAGAAGAAGAAGACGAUAUGAAUCUGAAUUUCGAAUCGGUGGUUUCCGAUUUCGAUCCAGAAGUGAUUUCAUUGUUUCAAAAAUCCCUACAAAAGCUCUCGCCGGAUCACCCAUUUCACCUCCGACAAUUGCCGUUGGCGGCCGUGGAUUCAAAGAAAUUCAAAAGGGAGAAGGUGAUUCUAUACUUCACGAGUUUGAGAGGGAUUCGUAAGACAUACGAAGAUUGCUGCCAUGUGAGAGCGAUUCUGAGAGCCAUUGGAGUUCAUGUAGAUGAAAGAGACGUGUCAAUGCAUUCUGGGUUUAAAGAGGAGCUAAAGGAGCUUUUAAUGGAAGAACAGAACAAAAAUGGCGGAAGGAGCUUACCCAGAGUGUUCAUUGGGAGGAAACAAAUCGGUGGGGCAGAAGAAAUCCGGAGAUUCCAUGAAGAUGGGCAGCUUGAGAAAUUGCUUGAAUGUUGCGAGAAGCUUGAAAAUGGCGAAGGGGGUGGGUGUGAGGCGUGUGGGGAUAUCAGAUUUGUGCCAUGUGAGACCUGCUGUGGAAGCUGUAAAGUGUUCUAUGAAGAAGACGAGGAAGAAGACGAAGAAGAAGGAUAUGGGUUCCAGAGAUGUCUCGAUUGCAAUGAAAAUGGGCUUGUCAGGUGCCCGAUCUGCUGCCAUUAAUGGCGGAUUCGAACUACAAAUCUGAAAAUUCUUCAUCUUUUUUUUUUUUUUUUUU